GGUGUAGCAUUAGCAAAUUUAAAACCUAAAGUGGACUUUGACGUAGAAGGCAACAAUCUACAAUGGGACAUGUUUGAAGACAGAAAUCUAGCUACAAUAACGGAUCAAUUUAUGGGUCACACCAUGCGACUGUUAAAUAUCUUUGUGCAUGUAAUAGAAAACACAACCCCUUCAGUGCCCCAAAAUAAACCAAUGUUGGCUAAUUUGCCACCUUCACCCAUUAAAAAACGAAAAAAUGAUGCAAUCGAAAAAGUAAAGUUGUUAUCACCAAUAAAAAGCUCUGAUAAGGAAGAUAAGGGAGAGAAAAAAAGUGAUACAAAAGUUAAUGUAGGGACCGUUUUUGCGUUCCUUCCACACUACAUAAAAAUGUAUGAUAUUUUCAAAACUGCUUAUACCAAUUACAAGAUAACAUUGGAUUUUGAGAAUUCUGGAAUGUUUGUGGAAUUAUUAAAAAUUACUUUAAAUGCCCUUUCAUUGAUAUUAGAGAUUGGAAGCUUACAUGAGUCUGGCCCUGUUGCGGAAGACCUCUUAACCCUUUUACAAACUAUUUUUAUCUUAACACCUCCAAAUAGCGUCGAAUGUGUACAGCAGCUUCUAAAAAGUCUUUUUGGAGCAAAUCUUACAUUUACAAUUAGUAAUUUGGAUGAUUACGAUAAGCGUAACGAGCCAGAAAUUGAUUUUACUUUUUAUCACAACAUUUUCCAAAAACCCUAUAACGAAACGACAACAUUUUUGGAAAAGUUACGUGGUUCAAGUAAAGUGAAGAAAAACGAUGACAACACCGUGAUGGGAUACUUGCACAGAAAAAUUCUCACUACUUCUAGAAGUUCAGAAAAAGCUUUGGCCAGCUAUAUUAAAUUAUUUGAACCAAUGGUAAUAAAAUCUUUACAAGUGUACAGAAUUACCAGCGAUGUUUUAUUACAAUGCAAAGUUCUUAAACUUUUGUGUCAAUUAGUUCAACUCAAAAUAAAUUAUUGUCUUCUCGAUUCAGAACAAAUAUUUAUUGGUUUUGUUAUAAAGCAGUUUGAAUUUAUCGAAGAAGGUCAAAUAAAUUUACCUGAAGAAAUAAUUCCAAGAAUUUUCGAUUUCCUGGUGCAUUUAUCUUACGCAAAACAGCAUUCGAAAAUGAUAAUAGACAUUCCAAAGAUACUUCAACUUUGCGACGGCCUUAUGGCCAGUGGCCAGCCGCCCCUUAAAUAUUGUAUAGCCGCUCUUAAGCCCGUCGUUCAAGACAUAUUUCUUCUGCGGAACAAAUCGAAUAUUACGGAUUACAAAGAACUGGAAACAACACGAGAAGUUCUUUUCACGAUGUUACUUCGUCUUUUGGAAUAUCCGGAAGUGAUUGAUUUGUUGGUACUCGUUUUAAACGAAAGCAGAUAUUGUAAUGAUAACUUAGAGAAAUGGUUGCGAUGGUCCAGACAAACUAUCGAAACGUUGCUUCCAAUGUUAAAGAUGAACAAGAUCAGGAUCAAUCAAAAAGGAGCCUUGGUAUCCAUGAAACAACUCAUCUUAGUGCUGAAUCACCAAGCUUUUAUGCCAUUGCAAAAUAUUUUGAUUCUUUUAUUUGAAAAUCCCUUAAAACACGAAAAUAAUUUAACUUGUGUGAAUCGUUGGCUUGGUAAAGUUAUCACAUUAUUGUUCAUGGUUAGUCAUAUUAAAGAAGAUGUGUUGCUUUCGGAAAUAGUUGAGAUUCAGGAGGAAUUUUCUCCCCAUAGUGUUUUUCGUAGCACAAUAAUUACGUCGGAUCCUCUUAAUGUAACCAACACCACUGAGAUUUUUAGUGGAGUGCCCCCCGAAGUUAUUUUUGUAAAAUUUCUGUUCAGGGUUAUCGAAAUAGUGUCAGAUAAUUGUCUGGAAGUUGUGAAAAGUGGAAAGGAAAACUAUUUAAUAAAUCAGUUCUCUGAUUUCUUGAUAUUCUGUCUGCAUAUGCUUCAAUCAGGAAGCCACUGCAAAAUAACGCACACAGCAACUAAUAUGUUUAAUGAGAGCAGUUUAUCGGAUUUUAAUGAAGAUAAUGAAAAAGUUUCUAUUGAGGAAAUUAACUCAAAUUUCCUGUACUUAUCUUCUUUUUAUCCAAAUGUUACAUUUUAUUGGUGUUAUCUUCUUGCACUUUUAAACUAUAAUAAUCGUAAAUUUUGGGCAAAAAUUAUGCAAGUUACAGACUGUUAUGGAAUCAUUGAACAAUUAAAGUCUAGUGUACCUGAAGAUUCUAAAUCUAUCAUGUCAGCUAUUGUACGAAUUGGAGGGGUAAUUACUUUUUGUGAUUAUUUGAGUGAAAAUAUGUUAGACGGGGAACAACUUUCAUGGUUUUUGGUGAAUACAAUCGAGUCUUUGGUGGUUUUAAGUAACGAGCCUCCUGUAUUUGAAUUUUUAACGUCUUUACAUAGAAAUUCCUCAGCCAGUAGUUUAGUUAUUCAAGCAGUUACAGCUAAAUGUUUAAAUAAAUCUGAGCCCAGUUUUAAUGUUAAAGUUCUAAAGAGUAUUGAGAAUGCACACCCCUCUCAAAUUGGUUCUGUUUUGAAGCUUCUUCUACCAAAACUGUUGAAUUCGAGACAGCUGGCUAUUUCAAGGCUGGUAGCCAACGUAGCCAGUAGAAAAGUAGAAUUAUUAUUAACAAUGUCAGUAGAAGAAGUCAAUGCACAACUCCCCCGAGAAGAUUUCAAUCAUAUUAUGGAUUUAAUGGUUAAAACGAAAUUAGCCAGAAAGCACGAGACUCUGGUGGCUCUUUUAAACAAGUUAGCAACUCAGUGUUAUGAUUUGAGCCCUCUAGAAAUGGAGCAAAGACGAACUGUUAAUCCAGAGUACAUAAAGAACUUACACGUGAACAAAACCUGGUUUAUGACCCAAAUAAAACACAAUUGUUACAAUUCAAGCCUCAGCACCGAAAUGGCGGAGUUACUGUCGCAUCUAGAUAACGAAGACCUUUUAAGUUUAAUGGGCAUAAAAGACUUUAACAAAACAGUGCUGAAAGAAUGCAUUAAUGUAUCUGUUAACAAAAUCAGAGAAGAAAACUUGAAAGAGGAACCCAUUCUGUUCAAAGCAGCUAUUGCUAAUGUAUUGGAUAUCGUGAGACGUAUUAGAAGUUUCAUACCAAAACCCCAUCAAGUAUACAGAGUUUUGGAUAGAGAACCGUCUCCUUCAGAAUUGAAAUUUUCCAAUAAAUUAACUGAGAUAUUUUCUGACGAAUUUGUAUGGUCGUUUUUAAACGAAACAAUUCCCUGUGUUACCUAUUACAUAAAAUCCCUUCCAUCUCUCCCUACCACAAAGAUACCAGAUAAUUAUUUCGAAGACUUUAUAAAGUUCGCUGUGAUUUGUUUAGAGUCUGUUAAUUUUACGUUAGAUGUAUAUAAAUGUAAAUUAAUGAAAUAUAUCGUAGAUGCGUUAAAUUGUGCCGACGUUAUUUGUAAAGAAGUUCAUUUGUGCGGAAUUUUAGGUUUGGAUACGCACGUAUCUUGGUUGUGUUCUGCUGUUAAUUCUAUUUAUAAAAUUGUUAAUCAGUUGUUAGCAGAUAAUAAUUCUCUUCCAGUAGUUUCUAAGAAUAGUUUGAAAAACACUUUAGAAAAUGUUGAAACCCUGUCUGCUGGUCAUUGUUGUUAUCAGUUGUCUGUGCUCGUUACUUGGUUGGAAAAGUAUUUUGAUACGACCGAUAUUCCUAAAUAUUUUAUCCAGCCUAUUAGAAGUUUGAUAAUUUCAUUAGCUAGACUGCCUCUGGUUAAUUCUUACAUAUUAACUCCUCCCAGUGCUUGGAAGUGUGGGUUUUCGGUUGAAUUAUCUGGUAUUUUUGCCACUUUAGUUCCUCAGUUACCCAUCGAAUUCUUAAAAGAAGUUGAUAUACUUGAAGAGUUUAUAUUUAGAAUUUCGCUAUUAGGAUGGACCAGUAGACAACAGUUUGAAGAGACUUGGAUGAGUUUGUUGAGUGUUUUAAAUUCGACAUCUGCCGAAGACGGGUUUACAGAGGAAGCAAAUGAAACAAGAUCUACCAGUAUUGCUGUUAAAGCUAUUACCUCACUUUUAUUACAAACAUUGUACACCCCAAUGAUUGGCAAUCCAAAUGUUUCAAUAACUUUACAUGUACCAAGAAAUAAGCCCUUUGACACAAGUCUUGAAAGUGUAUAUCGACUAAAAAAUGUCCAAAAUAAACUGGUAAACCAGUUCAGAGAGUAUGCAGAGACCCACGAUAUUAAUAACAAAUUAAUUAACGUUUUUUCAAUGUCUAAUUUAGAAAAAAUUAAUUCGUCAUAUUCAUAUGGUCAAUUAUCCGUCGAAUAUUUGGCGAUAGCGUCAAAUACUGCUGAAUCGAUGAAUAAGAAUAAUUAUGUAACUCAAGUUUAUAAAACCAGGAAAAAAGUCCUGGAAGAAAGUGGUUUAGAUAUCAAUUCGUGUUUACAGUUUUUACUGGACCAUUAUUCUCAGUGGCUUACGACCGAGGAAACCAACAUAAGAAUAUUGCAUGAAGUUGUACAGUCCACUCUCAUGAUAUCUGAUUUAUUUACUGACAAGGCCCAAUUUGAAUGGAUGUUAGAUUCCUUUUUAACACUGUCAAAGAUUCAUACACAUGAAGACGAAGUACUGCAUCAAUAUAUUGUUGUAGGUUGUUGCAAGGCAGCAGCAGUUUUGAGUACUGAACUGGAGACUUAUGAAGCCAUAAAAAAAAUAAUUGUACAGAAUUUAAAGAGUACAUUUAUACCCUGCCGAACUGCAGCAUUACAUGGGAUUUUAUAUUUGUUACAAGGCAAUGUUUUAGGAAGCAUCCACAUUGGGACGCUUUCAGAUGAAGUACAACUAAUAUUGCCAAUUAUAACAGACUAUGUGCAGUGUCACACACCUUCAAAAACAGAUGUACUAAGUCAGUCUUUAGAACACACUUUGACGACGUGGGCUGUAGCAUUUUAUAUUAUAGAGAAUCUAGAAGAAAAUAACUUGGAACCUCAAUUUACAUCAGUUGUGUUACAAUCUGCUUCUUCAGUGUUACAAUCAAAAGUAUCAACUCAUUUUCAAUUAGCUAUUUUAAAAGGCCUAGAGCGACUUAUAAUUAAGAAGUGCUUAUCAAACAAAUACAUUGACCUUAUAAUGAAAAUCGCUAUUGAAAAUAUUAAAACUAAAACUUUUCCUUUAGACUUGUGCGCAAUACAACUGCUAUUAAGCUGUACUUACACAAAUAGUUUAAAAAAGAAAGGGAAUGAGCUGGAAGACAACCCAGAUAAUUUGGUUCAUUUAUUAGAAAAGGUGUCGAUUAUUUUUGAUCAUAUUAAAAAAGGAUUUCCGUUUCAAGUUCAAAUUCUGUGCAGCAUUUUACCUGACAUUUUGAAUUAUUUUUUUACACCUGCUGAUAUUUUAACAAAGGUGUUGGGGGAAUUUUUAUCACAGCAACAGCCUCACCCUAAACUCUUAAGCAGCGUUGUUUUUAAAGUUUUUGAAAACUCUAUUAACCAGUCUCAAUUGCCGUUACUUCAAGAUUGGGUCGUCUUUAGCUUGUCAAAUUUCACCAACAGUUUUUCUAUGUCAAUGGCAACCUGGUAUCUUUCCUGUUUCUUUGUAAGUGCCAGUACGAAUCCUUGGUUGCGAUCCUUCUUCCCGUAUAUGCAGGCGAGGAUAGGACGUUUCGAGUAUGAGGACAGGAAAAUGUUAUGCAUAGCAGGUGCCGAUUUCUAUAAAAAUUUAACUAAUGACAAACAAAGACAAACAUUUAUCGAUAGUUUUGAUAAAGUUAAAGACCAAAUUGAUUCUCCGUUUAAUGAUUUGCUAUCUUCCGUUGAAUUGUAAAGUAAUAAUAAUGUCUGUAAAUAUGUAGCUGUUGGAGAGAUAACGUGAUAUAUUUUCAUAGUCCAUGUUAUAUUUUUUUAAUCCGGUAAAAUAAGAGUAACGUUAAAAGUUAAAAUUUUAAAAAUUGAAUUUUAUGAAGUAACAACUCGUUAUUCUUAUCACUACUUUCAAUAAUGUUUCAUAAAUCAACAUGGAAGUUCAUAAAUCGUUUCUAUUUUGCAAUAACGUAACGAAUAUUACCUAACUGUUUCUUAUUUUGCAAUAAAAUAAAUUCUUGCAAAGUUAUUUAUUAUUUCAUGUUAAAAAAGGAUAUAUUAAUUAUAGCAAUGAAAUACGGUUGGCAAAUUAUUUUUUAAGUCAUUUUGUCUCUUCUAAAAGACUCGUUAGUUUUAUAAAUUACAAAUUUAGAAUUUAGUGCAAUAAUAAUUUAUUUCUUAAAUAACUAAUUACAUUAAAAACAACGUAUGUAAAAAUAAUACCUACUGUACAUAAAUACAUACAUUAAAAAUAGGUAACAUAAUAAAAUCACAAUGUGGUGAGGAUGAACAGCUAUAAAUAUUCAAUAACAACAAUAAUUAUUGAUUGAACAGUGUUUCUCUAAGUUUUUUCUUUUACGUCAUUUCAAGCUCGUUGGAUUACAUACAUCUUCUAUUUCAUAAAAAAGCAUUUU